CAAAGUGUCCUGAUUACAGAAACGGAUGCUCUGAUAAGGCGGGAGAGUAAUUGGAUCCGAAAUAAAGUUUCUUUGUGAUCAUUGACUAAUUGUAGCAUUAAUUCAUUUCCGAAAUGCUCGGCACUGUAAUCACCUUAACAAGCAGUAGCUGAUUUUCGCAGACCUUUUAAUAAUUCUUAUCACUAUAAUUAUACUCGGCGCUGGAUAAAAAUUCAAGGUUGCCAAAUUUCGCGGGGAGACUUCCUUAAAAGCGAGAAGGCCACUCGUGGACUCGAUUAGUUGAUCCUGUAAAUUUUUUGAGAUCCAAUAUGGCCGGUACGAUUUCGAAGGCAGGGCUUCUGCUGCUCGUCGCUUUGGCACUGUUUGCUUUGCUCGAUUUAGCGAAUGCCUGCGCAUCGACAUGCGUAAGACGUCGAAUGGACGGAAGUUGUGAGUAUAGGUAUCAUCGGAUUCGCUCUGGACGUCGUCGUUAUGGUAGAGAGAUUGUCGAGGACGAGCAGUACAUUAGGGACUACUAUGGCUAAAACACGGAUCCACAGGAAUUGGGAACGUCGUGUUGCGAAGCCAUUUGCAGUAACGUCAACGGCUACCCGUCGCAGAAGAUCAACGAUGCCGUCAAGUUGGUUCGUCGAAUCAUGACGGUCAUAUCACCCCAUCUCGACAUGGCGGACAAACGCACGGAGAUCGACCUUGAGGUGCUCAACUUCGAAUUCAGACCUCAAAUCCAAAGAGUCAUCGUCGACGGAUGCGGCGUUCAUGUGAGCAUACAGAACGACACCAGACCCUUACUUUUAACGUGUGUUCAUUUACUGUCCUUGAUACAUUUCCAGGUUAACGUGACAAAACCACAAGAGGGUAUCAGCACCGACGACGAGGGGCAUUACUUGAUCGUCAACAUCCCGAGUCUACAGCAACCGAUCCAAUUUGUCGAGUGCCUCGGAGGAAAGUCAAAAUCUUGCGAAGUCGAAGGCGAUUCGACCUGCCAGCAAGCCUACCGCGAGGAGCCAUUCCUAACGCUGCCGGCAGACGUUGACAGAUACUACGAGGCUAGAGAUUUUAAAAUCAAGAAGUUCAGGAUUCCCAAUGGCUGUCAGUGCGGUGAAGGCGUGGACUUGGUUGUCAGCUUGGAUUGAGUAUUAAUUCAAUGCCAAGAUGGAUGUGCGUGUAGGUGUGAUUGCGAGAUUGUAACUGCGUUGCGAUAUUCAUAGCAUGAAAAUAGAAAUGAAAAAAAAAAUAAAGUCUCACCUCUAAAAUCCA